UAAACCAAAGCCAUUAUCAUCUCCACUUUCGAUCGAGUUGAACAGGCAGGACAGGGACUGCUGUUUGCGUGCGCCAGUUUGUAAUUAGGGCCGUAGUCGUAGACAUUAGCGCUGACACCGUCAUAGCAGGACAGUUUGGGCCAAUGAUAGGGCCACUUGAAAUGACCGGUUGAGUGGAAUAAAAGUCAAUGGAAAUUGAGGAUCAAUCUGCAGAAGUGAAGUAAUUAUCGGUGCAAUCGGAUCUAGUGCAUUAUAUUGAACGAAAGGAACGAGUUCUACGGAGUGCAGAACGCUUCGCGAGAGAUGUAGCAACGAAUCCAUGUUUGCCUUUAUCAUAUAAAGAAAAGCAAUAAAAGCUUAGCUUAACUUAGUUGACGGCCCGUGAGCUUCCCGUGAUUGGUCAAAGCCUGUUGAAAUUACAUAUUGAACCAAUUGUAUGAUACUUGGGAGUAGUACAUCAUACUCAACGUGCAACCUAAAGAGACUAAAAUUACAGUAUGAUCAAUAACGUAGAUGGCCACGCCCAUGCAGGUCAAUUUUGGGAUGGGAAGGAAUGUUAGUUCAACACUUGUGACUAUUAUGACCGAGGAAUUCUCUGCAUCAUCCGCAAGUGUCGCAGGAUAGGAUUGCUGUUAGCCCAAGUUUUAAGGUGUGCGACCUUCAGUAGAAAUAUGAAUGCCGUUCGAAUAGGCAUUUUAACAAUAAUUCUUCCGCAGGGCGUUACAUAAAAGGAUAAAGCCGCGUGGAAUAUAAUAGAGCCCCUGCAGAAAGCAUGCCUCUGAAUCAUCCAAAAUUUAUCACAGCCACUGUGUGUACUGUGCUGAUAAUCUGCACCGUGGUGGGCGAAGCGAAGAUUUUCACCAAAUGUGAACUGGCGAAGGAACUGGGCAAGAAUGGUAUUUCGCGCACCUUCUACGGCAACUGGAUCUGUCUGGCCAACGCAGAGAGUGGCAUGAACACAACCAAAGUGACAAAGUUGCCCAAUCUAACCAGCAGCUUCGGGAUCUUCCAGAUCAACAGCAAGGAAUGGUGCCGCGAGGGACGCAAGGGUGGCAAGUGUAAUAUGAAAUGUGAAGAUUUACUGGACGAUAACAUUAGCGACGAUAUCGAUUGUUCCAAGAAGAUCCAGAUGCAGUACGGCUUCAAUGGUUGGAACGUUUGGCAGAAGAAGUGCAAGGGCAAGGAACUACCCAAUAUUUCCAAUUGCAAUGUUUAGGUUUGGCGCUGUGCAGUAAUUUGCUAACAGUAAGCUAUAUGUAUUCAUGUGAUAGAAAAAUAUUCCUAUUUUUAAUCAAUGAUUUACGUUUAUUGGUGAUAAAGUACCUUUACAUCGAAACAAUAGUCGACUGUUUCAUUUCGGCAUUCGAGAUACUUAAGAAGUUUGAAAAUAACUUGUAAACUCACUGUAAUUGGAAGACAAAAUUAAAAUGUUUUAUUUUACAAUGACGAUUAAAAAAUAUA